AUGGCCGAGAGCUCUGUUACAAUACAACAUGAGGUUGAUCCAGCUACAGGGAAACUCAUAACUACGGUAACAAAGACAAUCUGUGCUACUCCCGUUUAUCAAGAUGUGCCCCAACUUCGCUUGGGGGCCGCCAUGUUUAACGUACCACGUGAGAAAGACAAGCUUGUGAUAAAAGUUGGUGGUAAGGAAAAAGUUGUUGUCAAAACCAUGCGCCUUUCAUGCCAAUCUGACACAUACCAAAAAGGCCACAGAUAUGGUGGAGUGGUAAUCUAUUUGUACAACGGCAAGUCAGAUUGGAGAACUGCCAACAACACUCAUGCACUGUCUGGCUAUAUAAUCAUUCAAGACACAGAUUCGAAAAAUGUUAAGCAAUGGAGAAGCGAGCCUGGUCAAGUUCACGGAGCUGUCUAUAGAAAUGCCUUCGGUGAAUCUGUGAACAACGCGAAAGUCGUUGGCGAAGGCUUUGCAUUUCGUGAAAAGUUUGAAAUGGUUUCAGGCGUUUUCAACAACCCGUCGGGCAGUGAAUUUCACGACAGUCGCAAAAGGAUGAAUGAAGCGUCUGUCCAUUGCCUGAGAAAGAUUGUCACGGAUUAUUGGAAGUACGGAGGUUCUUCCUACAUCGGACAUACUUUUAAAAUAAAAGAUUUACUCUGGGAUUUUAAGGACUAA